AUGAAGGGACUUUUUGCGCUUAGUGCCCUUACAGCCAUCGUCCAGUCGGUAUACGCGUUCGAUAGUUUCCAUGGCCUAAUCAAAGGUACCGAGCUCGACAAAUUUUUGGUCCUGACAGACCUGACUGGUGUCGGCAACGCACUUUCUUUUUUUGAAGAACAUAGCCAUAAUCCAACGAUUCGUCGCCUUCAGCUCUGGGCCCUCUCUCCGGACGAGGACACACACUUCACAAUCCAAACCAAGGCCGGUAAAUACCUCAAAUGCGACACCGAGGUGGGCUCGAUUUGCUCUACGGGCGAUGAACCUCAAUCCUUUUGUCUCACAAGUGGUGGGUAG